GACAUGCGCCAAAACUCACGAGGAACGCAAGGAAAUCGGAAAAUCGGAAUAUUGGACGCACAGCCUCAGUUGACGUCGUUGCGUGUUGGCUGCUAGCGUAAAAAGACACAACCUUCACGGCCGUUUCAAAUAAAUGCAAUAAAAAACGAAAUUAACAUAAUUUGUGUCACCAAUAAUAUGAAAAUAAUAUAUCUGUGAAAAAUACAAAUGUUCUGUGAAUUAAAACUGUAUUUGGCAGCAUAUGAAAUCAGUGUACACUGUGGUGUGAAUGUGUUGAAAGAAAUAUUGAUGAGUGUCAACUGAAAAUUGAAGAAAAUCCAAUCAAUACGAAUCCAGUGUCAAGCUUGUAAAAGCCAAAAGCGAAAACGGCUAAAAAGCAUACGGCCAAAAUAGACGCUACAGUGUAAAUUGCAUUAGAGGUGUUGCUAUUUAUUUUUUGGUUUUGGCCCAGUUUAGCUGCUGAAUCGAUUUCUACUUGAAUAUUAUGAAACACCUGCGCGACGGGCAGUGUGACCUCUGAAGCUGCCCGCAGGACAGUGUAAACAGCAUUUUGUGACACAGUGUAAAUCAAUUAAGCUGGCUGCAGCAUAAGUGACAAUGGCGUUAUAAUCAGAAAACAGCUAUGAAGUUGAGACGCUGCAGAUCUUAGCGCAUUAAUGCCGAAACCACUCACAAGUUUAAGCCAUAUCGUAUCGGAGUACCAGGAGGAGAGGAAGAAGAGAAAGAGAAGUUAAAUUUUGAAAUAAAAUGUGGACCAGAGAAAACGCAGAUGGAAAGUGGCUGCUAGCCUUGGCAGCCAUCUUUGGAUUUCUAACAUUCGUAUGGAUUCCAUCUGCCUCAGCCGAAUGUCAAACGCGUUCGAUUUACUGUUAUGAAUGCGAUUCAUGGACGGAUGCACGCUGCAAGGAUCCCUUCAACUACACGGCCCUGCCCCGCGAUCAGCCGCCCCUGAUGACCUGCAACGGCUGCUGUGUGAAAAUGGUGCGGCAUCAGAGAUCACCCUACGAGGUGGUGCGACGCAUGUGUACGUCACAGUUACAAAUCAAUUUAUUCAUGGUCGAUCACGUGUGCAUGAUGGAAAGUUCAGGCAAUGGACAUAUGUGCUUUUGUGAGGAAGAUAUGUGCAAUUCUAGUCCAAGUUUAUACUCAUUCGCAAAGUACAAGGGUUACCAGCAUUACCUCAUGAUCAUCACAAUGCCAUGGCUAAUACACCAACUUGUAGUACAGUUGUCAGUGCACAGAUAGACAGAUCGAUAAAUCGAUAGAUCAAUAGAUCGAUAGAUUGAUCCAGAAGCGUUAAAAGAGUACAUAGAGUUACACACAUACAUAUAUACCCUACACGCGACAGCCUACACCCGACAUACAAAAUACAAUAUACAAUAUACAAUAUAAGACAUUCAGCAUACCUCUGAACACAUCUAUAACAUCUAAUUUCACUUGAUUUGUAGCCAACUUCUGAUUAUUUAAGUUUCGCACAGUUCUAAGCAA